AUGGCUCCAGGCAAGAACAGCGGCCCCGGUCUCACCACCGCCGCCCCCCGGGCAAAUUUUUGGAAGCCCUGCGCAAUCCUUCUGGAUGGCUGCCGCGGCCCCAUCCUCGGAGGGAAAGCUCUCGGUGUGCAGCCACAGUCGGAGGUCAACUCAUACCUCUUCAUGUACAACUAUACGCAUGCCGAGUCGAGUAUCGGAUUCUCGCUCGAGUUCCCAUUUGGCCAGGGAAACGAGGAAGAAGGGUUUGGCAUAUGCCACAGGGUCGACUAUCUCAGUCACACGAUAGUUCCAACCGACAUGCGUAGGAUUGAGGUCAGAUUCCCCCGAGAAGGCUUCUCCCGUUCCGUCGAGCCAGUAGUCAGCGAUGCCCUGCGAAGCCGCUUCCCCAGCACCAAGAAGCACCUGUCGCUGGUCGAGGUCAGUCUGAGGGAUCCAACCCUCACCAAAGUGCACGGUUUCGGCAUGCCUUCCAAGGGCCCUGGGCAUCCAUCCGAGGAGUCGCUCAACCUCCAAGGAGGAUUCAUAGCCGGCGAGCAUACUCUGCUGAAGUUCCUGCGGCAGGACAGCUUCCGGAUCAUCGUUGCCGCACCAAGCGGCAUCUUGGAGCGCAGUUGGCACGUCGACGAGCUUCCGCCGCCCUUUGCCUACCCCUACGGCAACAUCCACAACUGGGAUGAGGGGCGAUACGCCAAAAUGCUUGAGGUCGAGGGUCACUGGUUCCUACCCACCUGGAAUUAUCAUGACGACAACGCUCACCUAGCCGUUAUGACACAGUCUCAGGUCCAAGAUUUCAUGUGGCUUGACGGAGCCGUUGGCAAGAUCGCUUCGCAGAAGUUCUCGGCGUAUUUCGUGGAAUACGCUCAAGGCAACACGUCGAGAUACUUUGUCAUCAUGGCCCUCUCAAAGACCUUCAAGAAGAACUUCGAGUAUGCUCUGUGCCAUCUGGCCAAGGGUGCCUUCAAGCUUGACCUCUACGACAACUGGGAAGACGAGGCGGCCUCUGGUCAGUGGGAUGCCAAGAUCGUGGAUCCGCAAGGCAUCGAUGCCCUCAACGAACAUCACCUUGCCGAUCAUGAGAUGGUUCUGCUAGUUCGCCGGCCCCUCCUAACUCAAGCCGCCCGAGGCCCUGAGUUCGAGGUCACCACGUUCCACGAUCGCUCGGCCGCCAACCUCACGUUGAACGACAAAGGUGUGGACCAGUAG